AUGAGAAAACAAAGUCCCGCUGCGAGCGGAGGUAGCGGCCACGAGCCAAGUGCCGAGAAUCGCGCGAGCAGCGCCACCGCCGCCGAUGCAGGCAGCCCGCUGCCAAGGCUGGCAUUAUACGUGCGGGUGUGGCUCAUCUUUCUCAAAAAGAGCCUGCCGGGUCUGGUGGCAAGCCUGAUCCUUGCGGUACUGAUCGUCGUCAAGCCCGUGUCCGCUUGGACCGGAGAGUAUAGCUUUUUGAGCUUUCCGUUUCUACAUCUUUUCUUCUACCCAGCACCGGCCACCGUUGGCGCCCAUCUCGAGACGACCAUCCUAGGCGUCAUCGGCGUCUCGAUCGGGCUCGGCAUCUCCUUUCUCGCCGUCGCUGGCGCGGUCUGGCUCGACGAUGAUACGCCAGGUAGCUCCCCGUACCGCACACCCGAGUCGAGGGCUGUAGGCGCAAUUGUCCUCGUCGCACUCACGUUCGUCGGCGCAUACAUCUCCAGCCGGGCGCCGCGUCUAAAGCAGGCGACCAGGAUAUGCCUUUUUGUUGCCGUGUGGGUCUUGACAACGGGCGCAACGGUCGUCCAGGCGUCCAUAUUUCUUUCCUUUCUUUGGCCAGCCGUGUAUGCCGCUUUGGCCAGCUUGUUCGCCAAUGUGCUUGUCUUUCCACGCACCAGCAACCAAGCCAUCGCUCGCUUGCUCAUCCAGCAUGUCGUCACUUUGCAGUCGAUUGUGGACCGCAGUACGCAAGACUUUUUUCAAAGCGCUCACGUACACGCCGCUUCCGCUCCCUUGCAGGAGCUUUGCCGUGACCUGCUUGGUUCUCUGAGGGAGAUGCGGAAACUGUUCCACGAGUCAACGUAUGAGCUGAGCGUGUCCCGAAUGUCUACCCGUGACUGGAAGCCGCUUAUGUCCAACUUUUGGCGCCUCCGAGGCUGGAUCGCUUGCGGCAUGGGCCUCGAAUGGGAAAAGCAAACCGCCCAGCGCGAAACAGAUAGCGCUCCGCACGAGGCAGGCGACGUAAGCGACAAGCAACACUGCCAACACUUCGAAACGACAAUUAAGACGCUUGCGCGACAAAUCGGCGCAUCACUCGAUGUGGUGCGCAUGACGAUCGACCUCACACUUGGCGCCCGCUCGGAACCCUCGGGUACCUCGUCAACGACAGCCCUCCGUGCGACAUUGUUCGCCACUUUGAUGGGCGCGCCCGCUAGCCAAGAAAGUAACGGUCUGGAUCGGAUCGUGCUGCUGCAGCGCAAGCGCCUUCGCACUGCCGUUGAGCAAUUUCGAGACGAGCUCGACAGCGCGCUCGGGCGGUACGAGGCGUUCGCUGAACCCGUGGCGGAGACUGGCCAAGAAGCUGCUCCUAGUACAACCGUGUCCGACCUCUUUGACGCGGAAAUGUACGCCGUCGCCUUUUUGAUGGUGAGCCUUUUGGAGAUUGCCAACGAGUGUACUUCUUUGCUCGUCACGUCGCAGCAGCUGCUCCGCACAUGGCACAUGCACCCUCGCCGCACGGUCCACUCUCCCGCCGUGCACUGGCGAGAGUGGUUUGGAAACGGCCAAGACCAGGCGGGCGACCUCCUCGCCCAGCUCGAAACAGACGAGCUGUUGCUCUCAAAAGUCCCCUCCAAAGAGCAGGACGACGAGCUGGACGCCUUCUUCAGACACCAGCACCACCCUGUGCGAGACAAAGAGGCCCAGCUUGCGCGCGCAGACCUCGACCGCGACGGCCGCAAGCACGUCUGGGCUUCCUGGACUCGGUCGCGGGCGAUGCUCCAUCUUCGCUACCGCUUGUCGCGCGCCCUUGGAGCAGCAGAGCGAAGCCGUCACAUCAAGUACGCUAUCAAGCUGGCCUCCGGGGUCGCUCUUCUCAGUUUGCCGGCUUGGAUGACCGGUCAGAACGGUCGCGAAUGGUUCGACGCGAGUCGCGGACAGUGGCUCGUUAUUUCCUACGUGUGGUGCCUCGAGACCUCGACCGCCGCGACGUUUACCGUCUCGGCGUAUCGAAUGAUCGGCACCGCGUCGGGAGCCAUCUCGGGCGUGAUCAUCUGGGAAAUCAGCCGCGGCAAUCCCUUUGCAAUUGUCGUGCUCGUGUGCAUCGCCGAGCUCUGCUCCGCAUUCUUUCUCCUCUCCACCACCGCCACUGGAAUCGGCGUCGUGUAUGCAGUGACAUACUCGAUCGUUGUCUUCCUUCCCUACCUCGACGAGUCGCACCACGCUAGCAUUGUCUCCCUCGCGUGGACUCGCGGCUACCAGAUCUUUCUCGGCAUCGCGGCGGCUCUCUUGGUCAAUACGCUGGCGUGGCCCUACCACGCUCGAAGUAAGCUCUCGGAGCAGUUUUCACUCGCGACAAUGGAGCUCCAGACGCUCUAUCUCUCCCUCUCGCGCCAGCUCGUGCAAGGCGGGCUCGAGCCCUCGGCCGAGUCGGCGCGUGAGUUUGAGCAGCUCGAGCAAAACCUGCAAUCCCGUUUCACAAAGGGAAGGGCGUUGGUGGGACUCAUCAGCGCCGAAAUAUCUCUGGUCCCCAAACCGUUCCAUUACUAUUCAGAUAUCCUCACGCGCCUCCAGAGCAUCAGCGAUCAGCUAAUGGGCUUGAGGCUCUGCCGCGAGCACGGCAUGCGCUCCGUCCGCCGCGAGGCCAUCCUCAAUGUCCUUGACCUUCGCCGCGACUUUAUCUCAUCGGUCCUCAUUUGCUUUUGGGUGAUUGGGCAGUCGCUCCGGAACCAUACCCCACUCCCGCAGUUCCUGCCCUCCCCACGCGCCGCGCUACAUGACCUCACUGCGGCGCUGCGCGCCCAAAUGCUCGACAAGGACGACGCAGCAACGCAGUCAAGCGGUCUGGCGGCACUGCACCGCGCACACCUUGCGGGGCGCCCAGGAUCAGUCGCAUCCUUUCGGCUGCACCAGCGCGAAAGAUCGAACACGAAACGCCCGCGCACGCUCAGGUCCGCUUUCUUUUUUCUGCUCGCCGAGCAUGCCCUUCUCGCAGAGAUGGUCGAGCAAUGCGAAGCGCUCCUCGAACUCUGUCGCGCGCUGAUGGGCGAAGCAACAUUCAUGGAUACAUCCUUUGUCCCCACUGUCACUCCGAACCAUCUCCUCACCUCGUCCAGCAGCACUAUGCACUCGAUCCAAGCUAGCAUCCUCGCAGACCUCGAGCGGGCGCGCCGUCCGCUCGCUGGAACCCACGCUGGAGAGAUCGCACCACGCCCUGCUCACAUCAUCCCGCAAUCAGCAAGCAAGCAAGCAGACAGCAUGUAGCAUAGCAUAGCGCCACAUAGAUGGUAGUCGGUGGAUUAUCGAUCAACAAUAUAUGAAUGGG